AUGACACAACCAGAUACCUACAAGCUAUACAUCCUGAGGCAUGGACAAAGCGAACUAAACCAUGAAAAUAUAUUUUGCGGAUGGAUUGACGCCCAACUAACCAGCAAGGGUAAGGAACAGGCGAAAAAUGCUGCCAUAUUAAUCAAAGAGCACUGUGCUCAUAAUUCUGUGCAUCUACCUAGGGUUGGCUACAGCUCAAGGCUGGUUAGAACAAGACAAACCAUGGAGGGGAUGCUUGAGGUCCUCGGAAUGGAAAAUGCGCUGUACAAAGUGUUAUGCCAUGGUAUGUCCACCAACGGUCUUUCAGAGGACCUGGCGAAUCACGAUGCGGUCGUGUUCCAGACAUGGAGGCUUAACGAACGUCAUUACGGUGCCUGGCAGGGCCAACGGAAACCUGAUAUUCUUGAGGAAUACGGCAAAGAAGAAUACAUGUUUAUCAGAAGAGAUUAUAAAGGAACUCCACCGGCAGCUGACCUUAGUAGAGAAAUGAUACAAGAAGUCAACGACAAGGGAUCCUUGACUGGCUACGAUUUCAAAGAGCCCACUAGGAGCAUCAAGUACAAGGUUGAGGAAAAUUCAGGUGAAGUCUUGCCGAGCAACGAAUCCCUAUCUGAUGUGGUCGGUAGGUUGAAUGAUUUUUGGAAUGAAGUAAUACUAAAAAACCUUAACGACAACAACCCUUCGGCUCUGGUGAUAGCACACGGUAGCUCGGUCCGCUCUAUCUUGAAGAUUGUGGAAAAUAUUUCAGAUGCAGAUAUUAAGGAUGUGGAAAUUCCCAACGCUAUCCCCAUUGUGUUAGAGCUGCACAAAGCAACGAAGCAAUUUGUGCGCAAGUACUACCUUGACCCUGAGCUUGCCAAGGUCGGCGCCGAACGGGUGCGUAAUGAGGGUUUUGAAAGGGCCUCCAAUUGA